CAUCUAGCAUGGCAGAGGAUGCCUUCCCCUGAGGUAAAGCAGUCCCAAAAGCUAGAAACUAGUGUUACAGCCACACACACUCGCAGGGAAUUUCAAUUUCCUCUCGGGAUUCUCCUUUCAAAAAUUUUCUUCUUUGUUCUUUUCUGCCAGAGAUGAGUGAGUGUUUCAGAAUCAACUAGGCCCUCUUUGUUCCUUUUUUCUUUUAGCUCCCAUUAUUGCUUUCAACUUGGUUUCUGUUUUAAUAUUGCUCCAUGGGCUCUAAUGGCUGCUGUUCCCUCUAAAUCUGUUGAUGUUCACUUGGAAACUGGAAUUUAUGCAGACAAACCUUUAAAGCAGCAGCAUCAUGCCAAGAGGUGGACACUACUUUAGGCACAAUCAUUUGAGGAGAAAUUUUGUAGAUUGAUUGCUAGUUGGUUGAGGAAAGGCUUUAAUUGAAUUCUGACCUUCCCCUAAAGGAAAUAUGAAAUUUGGUUCCAUUGUGCCCUCUCGUUUGAAAGGGAAAUCAGCCACCCGCUUCUCUUUGUUUCCCAAACCACGGUCAACUAGCUAUGGUCCAGGAAGUGCACCAGUUUAUCUCAAUGUGUAUGACUUGACACCCAUGAAUGGCUACGUCUAUUGGGCAGGCCUUGGUAUCUUUCAUUCUGGUGUGGAAGUUCAUGGUGUAGAAUAUGCAUUUGGAGCACAUGACUACCCGACAAGUGGUGUUUUUGAGGUGGAACCUCGUCAAUGUCCAGGCUUCAAGUUCAGGAAAUCAAUAUUCAUUGGGACCACAUGCUUGGAUCCAAUUCAGGUCCGAGAUGUCAUGGAACGGCUUGCUGCCAGCUACCAUGGUGAUACAUAUCACUUGAUUGUUAAAAAUUGCAACCAUUUCUGCAAAGACAUCUGUUACAAGUUAACAGGGAAACCAAUUCCAAAAUGGGUAAAUCGUCUAGCAAAAAUAGGCUCAAUAUGCAACUGUAUACUUCCUGAAUCUCUCAAGAUAUCUGCUGUGCGGCAUGAUCCUGAUGGCCAAUCUUACAAUAAUGGAAGGAAAAGGUUGAGAAGUGCUUUCAGCUUCCUGUCUUCAAUCUCGAUGCGACAAAAGCAGCUGUCAACUUCUUCAAUGUUUCUACAAUCACCCUUGAAAGGCUGCUUACCAUGGGAGCUGAGAAGGUCCAUCAAUGGUUCCUUCAAAGAAAGAUGAAAGAAUGUGUGGAGAGUUUCAUGAGGGCAGUGGCUGAAAUGAUGGUUUUUGUAUCUCAUGAUUGUGUUACUAGUCUGGUGUGAAAAUGAUUGAGAUGCUAAUCAAGUUCUUCUUAUGCAGUGAAGAAGCUUGCCAGAUGAAGCCAGCGCCCUCAUUUGAGUGUUAAAAAGCUGUGCUGGAUAUUAUUAUUAGUUAAUGUUUUGACAUAUUUGUCUGUAGAAAUCCGUUGGCUCAUUCAUGCUGGUGUGACUGAUCAUUUGUUUGUAGAUAUAACUGCAUUUUAUGCUUGUUUAAAGAGAGAAUUCUUGAGAUUGAAAGUCAAUUUUCAUUUCUA